UCACUGCGCAAGCGCGGGCCGCGAGCGUGGGGCACCUCGAGACAGCCGGGCUGCGAGCUGCGGAGCGUGCGGUUUUGCGGCCUGCGUUCGGCCAGCUCCAGCGGCUCACAGGCCGAGGUAACGGGGCGCAGCAAGCCGAGCCUCCCCGCUCCCCGCUCCCCGGACAGCGCGGGCCAUGGAGACUCAAGUGCUGACGCCGCACGUCUACUGGGCUCAGCGGCACCGCGAGCUGUAUCUGCGCGUGGAGCUGAGUGACGUGCAGAACCCUGCUAUCAGCAUCACAGAAAAUGUGCUACAUUUCAAAGCUCAGGGACACGGUGCCAAAGGAGACAAUGUCUAUGAAUUUCACCUGGAGUUCUUAGACCUUGUGAAGCCAGAGCCGGCAUACAGGCUGACCCAGAGGCAGGUGAAUAUCACAGUCCAGAAGAAGGGGAGUCAUUGGUGGGAGAGGCUCACCAAGCAGGAGAAGCGCCCACUGUUUUUGGCUCCUGACUUUGAUCGCUGGCUGGAUGAAUCUGAUGCAGAAAUGGAGCUGAGAGCCAAGGAGGAAGAACGCCUAAACAAACUCAGACUAGAAAGUGAAGGCUCCCCUGAAACUCUUACAAACCUGAAGAAAGGGUACCUGUUCAUGUAUAACCUUGUGCAGCUCCUGGGCUUCUCCUGGAUCUUUGUCAACCUCACAGUGCGGUUCUUUAUUUUGGGAAAAGAGUCCUUCUAUGACACGUUCCACACCGUGGCUGACAUGAUGUAUUUCUGCCAGAUGCUGGCACUAGUGGAAACCCUCAAUGCUGCGAUUGGGGUCACGAGUACCCCAGUGCUGCCCGCUCUCAUCCAGUUUCUUGGAAGAAAUUUUAUUCUGUUUCUCGUUUUCGGCACCAUGGAAGAAAUGCAAAACAAAGCUGUGGUUUUCUUUGUGUUUUAUUCAUGGAGCACAAUUGAAAUUUUCAGGUACCCCUUCUACAUGCUCUCCUGCAUCGACAUGGACUGGAAGGUGCUCACGUGGCUUCGCUACACCAUGUGGAUCCCCUUGUACCCCCUGGGAUGUUUGUCAGAAGCUGUGGCAGUGAUCCAGUCCAUUCCAGUAUUCAAUGAAUCAGGAAGGUUCAGUUUUACUCUGCCAUAUCCAGUGAAGAUGAAAGUCAGAUUUUCCUUCUUCCUUCAAGUUUAUCUUGUAAUGUUAUUUUUAGGCUUAUAUAUUAAUUUUCGUCACCUUUAUAAGCAGCGCAGACGGCGGUAUGGACAAAAGAAGAAAAAGCUCCAUUAAGAUAAAUGUGGCAGCUUCAUUUGAGCAGAGUCUAUGAUUCUUACUGUUUUACUUCUUGUACUGAUGAAAGGGUUUGUUUGUUUUGCUUUGUUUUAUUUUUUAAAGUAAGGCCGUCUCUUUUUCCCAGUAACAUUCCUGAGUCUACUGUCUUUAUCUUAGUGUUGUACUUGCAUGACAUGGAUAUCUGGUAUCUGACGACAAGUUCAUUCCUGUGUAUUAAUGACAAAGGUGGCUCUCCUCAUGUCUGUGCUCUUCCUGACAGGCACUGUCUGUCUUCAGUUAGGGCUUGGUCUUUCUGCUACUGCUUGUGAAAACCGAAAAAACAAGACUGCAUUUUCCCAUUGCAGAUUGUCAAAAGUGACCCACUAUAUUUUAAAACCAAGCUGACACUUGUGUAGUGGGAUAGCACUGACUUUGAAAACCAGGUAAAACCAGGUCACUGGUAUUUUUUGAGUCAGAGUAGGGCUGGAGAACACUUCAUAUUUGAUGUCUUUUGGCUAAAGACAUUUAUUACGAUAGCACUUACCAGGCACUGAAGAGGCAGUGAUUUAGAGAAAGCAGUCAGAACCUGGGAACAACAUGACUACUUGAUUCCUAGCUAAAUCAGAACUGCCUGCAACACUGGAGAAAGGGAACAUUGCUUGUAGAACAGAGAUUAUAAAUUCCAAAUGUGAAUGGCUGCAGGGGUCAGAGCCAGGCAGGAAUCAUGAUGCCUGUGGCAAAUGCAAACACUGAAGUAGGCCAGACAUACCCACAAGCUGUCUUGGGCUGCACACAGACACAGUCAAUAUAUGGGGCUAGCUCAGUCUAUUUCCUUGUGUAUUUCUCUGAGUGACUGGUAAGACUACUUUUUUGAACUGUUUUUUCCUUGUUAUUAGAUUUUUUCUUUCUUUUUUUUUGUUUUUCAAGAUAGGGUUUCUCUGUGUAGCUUUGGCUGUCCUAGAACUCACUCUGUAGACCAGGCUGGCCUUGAACACAGAGAUCCGCCUGCUUCUGCCUCCUGAGUGCUAGGAUUAAAGGCAUGUGCCACCACAGCCUAUUUUGUCUUGUUUUUGGUAAAAACUGUGUGCAGUAGGAAUCUGAGCUGGGAAAUCACUGGGAUUCCUGCAGGAAACUCGCCCCAAGGGGAACUGAUUCAGAAUACAGACCUUGGGGGAGGGGAUCUGGCCACUGUACAAGACAUCUUCAGUCUCUCUACCACAUUCCAUGUAAACCAAGUGAUGAAGUAACACCAGAAAGAGCUUGAGGGUGGUUGUUCCCAUCUUCCAGCCCCCCUGGUCUUGGGGGAAAGGAGACUUGUGCUGUCACAAGGAGCCCAGCGUGGAUGAGCGUUAACCUGGCUGCUUUAACCCAAACACCUCAUCUCACCCAAGAGUAUUUUCCAGGUCUGCAGCUUCUGUCAACGAUUGUUUUAUUACCUUCUGGCCUUCAUUCUACUGACUGGGACAAACCUGGCAGUUCAGCUUUGCAGUCAACUAUGCCGUAUCCCUGUGCAAAAUCCCACGUUCUAGUUGCUGUUAGCAUCCCCUUUGUUGCUGUCUGAGAAAGUGAAAGAUUGUGUAUUUCUAUUAAAACAUUUACAGUCAAAAUCC